AUGGUCCUCCUCAUGUCUGAGGCUAACAAGCUGACCCUGGGGCCUGGGCCCCCAGACAAUGACUGCAUCGAAGUCAUGGACGAAGUGCUCUCCAGUAGGCGGCAGGACCUGACUGACCAACCUCUUACGGACCCUGAUGUAGAAUACUAUACUGAUGGUAGCAGCUACGUCAAGGGAAAUAGACGUGCUUUAGAAGAGUUAUAUUUCUCUUUUUCCAUUGUUGUCUUAGGUGACAUCACUCAAAAAGGAUAUGAAAAGAAAAGGGCAAAGCUGCUUGCACGCUACAUCCCACUCACUCACGGAGUGGACCCGCCCCUCCCAGCAGAGCCUCGGACCCCGGGGCCCUUGCAGAGUGUGGCCGCAGUGCCCAGGCAGCAGAGGCUGCGCCCCGCCAACUCCCGGGACGAGCGCUUCCGGUCAGAUGUUCACACGGAAGCCGUGCAAGCAGCUUUGGCCAAGUACAGAGAGAGGAAGGUGCCGCUGCCCUCGAAGAGACGCUCUGUUCUCGUGCCUUCGUCUGCGGAAGCCUGCACCCCUCCAGACACAUCGUCUGCCUCAGAGGAUGAGGGCUCUUUACGGCAACUGGGGCGACUCCCACCCACUGCGCUGCAAAGCCGAGCCGGCACUGAGCCCUGGCCCGAGCAGGCAAUCCAGGGCUCGUCCACCUCAUCGUCGGCCUCCUCCACUUCGUCUCACGCGGGAGGGACACCCGCCACCCAUGCCCACCUAGACCUGCGCUCGGCCCCUCCUGAUGUCACCACUGGCCUCGUGCAGCAUCGGCUCUGCGAACGCCCACAGCCAGGCUCCGUGAGAGGUGCCCCUCGGAGUGGCGGGAGCCUCCUGGACACGGCGGGCGGUGUACCUGUGAACAGCAGAGUGUCCUCCAAGAUCCAGCAGUUGCUGGACACCCUGAAGCGGCCGAAGCGCCCCCCGCUGAGGGAGUUCUUCCUGGACGAUGCUGAGGAGGUGCUGGGAGUCCAGCAACCAGAUCCAAACCGGCCAAAGCCUGAGGGAAGCCAGACAGCAGUGCUGAGAGGGGAGCCUCUGGCUACGGGGACACCCUGGCCACCGUCACUGCUUGCCGCUCUGCAGCGUUGGGGCACGACGCAGCCCCGAGCACCCUGCCUGACCGCCCUGGACACCGCUGGGAAAGCCAUCCACACCCUCACCUACGGCAAACUUUGGAGUCGGAGUUUAAAACUAGCUUAUACUCUGGUUAAUAAACUGACAAGUAAGAAUGAACCGCUACUUAAACCUGGAGACAGAGUGGCGCUGGUGUUUCCAAAUAGUGACCCUGUGAUGUUCAUGGUUGCGUUUUAUGGGUGUCUCCUGGCAGAGCUGGUUCCUGUCCCCAUAGAAGUGCCGCUGACAAGAAAGGACGCUGGCAGCCAGCAGGUUGGGUUUCUGCUGGGCAGCUGUGGCGUCACCCUGGCCCUGACCACGGACGCUUGUCAGAAAGGCCUGCCUAAGGCGCAGACCGGAGAGGUGGCGACUUUCAAAGGUUGGCCUCCCCUUGCCUGGCUGGUGAUUGAUGGGAAACAUCUGACUAAGCCCCCAAAGGACUGGCACCCGGUGGCCCAGGAGGCCGGGGCGGGCACCGCCUACAUCGAGUAUAAGACCAGCAAAGAAGGAAGCACGGUGGGGGUGACAGUGUCGCACGCAUCCCUCCUGACUCAGUGCCGGGCUCUGACCCAGGCGUGUGGCUACUCAGAAGCUGAAACAUUAACAAAUGUGCUGGACUUCAAAAGGGAUGCUGGUCUGUGGCAUGGAGUGUUAACAAGCGUCCUGAAUAGGAUGCAUGUGGUCAGCAUCCCGUAUGCACUGAUGAAGGUGAACCCACUGUCCUGGAUCCAGAAGGUGUGCUCCUAUAAAGCCCGGGCCGCGCUGGUGAAGUCCCGAGACAUGCACUGGUCCCUCCUGGCCCAACGGGGUCAGCGCGACGUCAGCCUCAGCUCGCUGCGCAUGCUGAUCGUCGCGGAUGGCGCGAACCCAUGGUCCAUCUCCUCCUGUGACGCCUUCCUCAACGUCUUCCAGUCCAGAGGCCUGAGGCCGGAGGUCAUCUGUCCCUGUGCCAGCUCUCCCGAGGCUCUGACGGUCGCCAUCCGCAGGCCGCCCGACCUGGGAGGACCUCCUCCGAGAAAAGCCGUGCUGUCUAUGAACGGCCUCAGUUACGGGGUGAUCCGCGUUGACACAGAAGAAAAGCUGUCAGUCCUCACCGUUCAGGACGUCGGUCAGGUGAUGCCUGGAGCGAGUGUGUGUGUCGUGAAGGUGGACGGUGCGCCGUACCUCUGUAAGACGGACGAGGUCGGAGAGGUGUGUGUCAGCUCCAGCGCGACCGGCACGGCCUACUAUGGACUGCCUGGGGUCACGAGGAGCGUAUUUGAGACUGUCCCGGUCACUGCGGGAGGAGUGCCCAUCUCUGAUAGGCCCUUCACCAGGACGGGGCUGCUGGGAUUCAUCGGCCCUGGUGACCUGGUUUUCAUCGUGGGCAAGCUGGACGGGCUGAUGGUGGUCGGAGUUCGCAGACACAACGCGGAUGACAUCGUGGCCACUGCGUUGGCUGUGGAGCCCAUGAAGUUUGUCUACAGAGGCAGGAUCGCCGUGUUCUCCGUGACGGUGCUGCACGACGACCGGAUCGUGCUGGUGGCCGAGCAGCGGCCAGACGCGUCCGAGGAGGACAGCUUCCAGUGGAUGAGCCGCGUGCUGCAGGCCAUUGAUAGCAUCCACCAGGUCGGCGUCUACUGUCUGGCCCUGGUCCCUGCCAACACCCUGCCCAAGGCUCCUCUUGGCGGGGUUCACAUCUCGGAAGCCAAGCAGCGCUUUCUGGAGGGGACGCUGCACCCGUGCAAUGUGCUGAUGUGCCCGCACACCUGUGUCACCAACCUUCCCAAACCUCGCCAGAAGCAGCCAGAGGUGGGACCGGCCUCCAUGAUUGUUGGGAAUCUGGUUGCUGGGAAGAGAAUUGCACAGGCCUCGGGGCGGGAGCUGGCUCACCUUGAGGACAGCGACCAGGCCAGGAAGUUCCUGUUCCUGCCGGAUGUGCUGCAGUGGCGAGCCCAUACCACCCCCGACCACCCGCUGUUUCUGCUGCUGAACGCUAAGGGCACGGUCACGAGCACUGCAACCUGUGUCCAGCUGCACAAAAAGGCUGAAAGAGUGGCCACCGCUCUGAUGGAGAAGGCAAGACUGAUUGUUGGGGACCAUGUGGCUUUGGUCUACCCCCCAGGGGUGGACCUCAUCGCCGCCUUCUACGGCUGCCUAUACUGCGGCUGCGUACCCGUCACCGUGCGGCCCCCGCACCCCCAGAACCUUGCCACCACGCUUCCCACCGUCAAGAUGAUUGUGGAGGUCAGCAAGUCUGCGUGCGUCCUCACCACACAGGCCAUCAUGCGGCUGCUCAAGUCCAAGGAAGCCGCGGCCACCGUGGACGUCAGGACCUGGCCGACCAUUCUAGAUACAGAUGACAUACCGAAAAAGAAGGUGGUUAGUGUGUUCAGGCCACCCUCCCCGGACACACUCGCAUACCUGGAUUUCAGCGUGUCGACCACAGGGAUCUUAGCGGGCGUGAAGAUGUCGCACGCUGCCACGAGUGCCUUGUGCCGCUCCAUAAAGCUGCAGUGUGAGCUGUACCCUUCCAGGCAGAUCGCCAUCUGCCUUGACCCCUACUGUGGCCUCGGCUUCGCCCUCUGGUGUCUGUGCAGUGUCUACUCUGGACACCGGUCGGUGCUGGUGCCCCCGCUGGAGCUGGAAAGCAACGCGUCCCUGUGGCUGUGGGCCGUGAGCCAGUACAAGGCCCGCGUCACCUUCUGCUCCUACUCGGUGAUGGAGAUGUGCACCCGAGGCCUGGGUGCGCAGACCGGCGUCCUCCGGAUGAAGGGCGUGAACCUGUCGUGCGUGCGCACGUGCAUGGUGGUGGCGGAGGAGCGGCCCCGCAUCGCGCUCACGCAGUCCUUCUCCAAGCUGUUCAAGGACCUGGGCCUCCCCGCGCGCGCCGUGAGCACCACGUUCGGGUGCAGGGUCAACGUGGCCAUCUGCCUCCAGCCCAACAGGCUGGGAAAGCUGGCUGAGCAGGGCACAGCGGGCCCCGACCCCACAACGGUCUACGUGGACAUGCGAGCGCUGCGUCAUGACAGGGUACGUUUGGUGGAACGGGGUUCCCCGCAUAGUCUGCCGUUGACGGAGUCUGGAAAGAUCCUGCCAGGAGUGAAGGUCGUCAUCGCGCACGCCGAGACCAGAGGGCCCCUGGGGGACGCACAUCUUGGGGAGAUCUGGGUGAGCAGCCCCCACAAUGCCACCGGCUACUACACGGUCCACGGGGAAGAGGCGCUUCAUGCCGACCACUUCAGUGCCCGGCUGAGCUUUGGAGACACCCAGACCAUUUGGGCAAGGACUGGAUACCUGGGCUUCCUUCGGAGAACAGAGCUCACCGACGCCAGUGGAGAGCGCCACGAUGCACUGUAUGUGGUCGGCUCUCUGGAUGAAACGCUGGAGCUCAGAGGCAUGCGCUACCACCCCAUCGACAUCGAGACGUCCGUGAUCCGAGCACACAGGAGCAUCGCCGAGUGUGCCGUCUUCACCUGGACCAACCUGCUGGUGGUGGUGGUGGAGCUGGACGGGCUGGAGCAGGAUGCCCUAGACCUGGUGGCCCUGGUCACCAACGUGGUGUUGGAGGAGCACCACCUGGUUGUGGGCGUGGUGGUCAUUGUGGACCCCGGCGUGAUCCCCAUUAACUCCCGUGGCGAGAAGCAGCGCAUGCACCUGCGGGACGGCUUCCUGGCCGACCAGCUGGACCCCAUCUAUGUCGCCUACAACAUGUGAUGAGCGCGGCCCAGGCCUGCAGGCCUGGGGACCACUUGACGUUGCUGGGACACGUGAGGACAUGGCAAGCACCCUUCCCCCACUUUUACAGAUUUGUCUCAGAGUUCCCCAAAUCUCAUCUGAGGAGCCACUUCUGAAUUAUUGGAAGAAACUUUAAUCCUGAAGGACAUGUACACAAACCUAAAUGUCGGCAUUUUAACAGACAGGUGACUGGGAAGGAAAGUGAGAGGCCCGGCCUGGGCAUCGUGGAGCUGAGGUGUGCGGUCUGUUCUCUGCUGUAUUGCAAGUUUGCACUUUUUUAGGCUAGAAAUAGAGUUCUCGAUUCUUGUGAGUUCAGUUUAUAUUCCCAGUUCCAGUGCGCAGCCUAUGCAUAGAGUUCACGCUGGAAGGAACUGGAGCCCAGCACAGCCGGUCCCCCCGCCCUUCACAGGGAGGAGCUGAGCCCAGGCAGGUCCCACCCACCCCGCUCUUGGGCCCAGACCAGGCACGGGGUGGGCCCCCCCGGGUGGGCCCCCCCACGUUCCUCGCUGCCAGUGUCUCUGGUGAAGCAGGUGUGCCCAAUGGCCUGCUCGCACUGCCACUGCCACUCAGCACGCACCACUCAGGGCAGUCCAGGUGAUGCUGUUUCGGAAAGGUAAGCCGGCGGUUAGCUCUAAACCUCUUCAGGUUAGUGACUUCUUGCUGUUAAACGCUUGGUUCCAUAACAUCACAGUACUAAUUCUCCUCAGUACUUGAAAGUGUGCUGAAUCACUAUUUUUCCUCCGACUCAGCAUAUUUGGAAGUGGAGCGCCAGGCAGUGCCGUCCAGGACCCGGCGCGUCCAUCCUCACCCUGGCCUUCACGAUUGAGCUGUGUGCCUAUAACAUGUGGCCAAACCAUAGUCAGUUAUUUUAUUCAAACUUGACUAAACUGAGUGAUGUAAUAUUAUAGUAAACCUCAAUGAAAGAAGAGAAUAUAAAAUGCUUUUGAAACUUCUAAGAAUUUGAAAGGAAGCGCAUAUCUAAAAGAGUAUUUUUAUAUAGCUGAGAAAGUAUGUCAUGAAGUUGUUGGGUUUUGGGGGGACUUGAGGGUGGGAAAGUUUAUGAAUUGUGCAUGCUUCUUAGAAACAACCAGGUUUUCCUGGAAUUAGCCUGGAUCAGUGCCUAACAAAGCUGUUACUCAUUCUCUGCCGUUUUCAAUUCACUGCUAUGUAGGCCUGGCCGCCUCUCACGUCUCACUCUUACUUGGCCACAAACAGCAGGUGUGUCCAAGCUCGGUUUGCCUGCUGGGCUGCGUUCCACAGGCUGGACUUGAGCCGUCUGUGGUCAUUAUGUACAUAGUCUGUGUGACUUAUUGUGUGACACACACAGGGCGUAGCAGCCGGCGAGUGGAUGUCCCGGCAGGGGACCAACUACCUAACCCUAAUCUUCAUGUUGUAGUUUUAUAGCAAACAAAUAUUGUCCUUUUUUUGUAUUGACAGGUCGGUGGCAGUAAGACAAGGUGUCUUGUACAUUAAGACUUUAAGAAGCACAUUAAAAUGUUUUAAAUUACUUUCUGGGAAUCCUGUAUAUCACACUAAUUUUUUAUAUUAUUAUGUUAAUAAAAGUUAUUGACUGUU